UCGUAUGCGUCGGCCGCGCGCACAUCACUUCAUCGUUUCUCCGUCACCGGUCGCGCGCGUUCUUCUUGCAUGUAUGCCUCUGCCGCGUUUAAAUAACGCAGACAACGUAAUUACGUGCGUGUCAGUGCGUUAAUUGUGAUCGACAACGAUCCCGUCGGAUCGAUCCGAUAUUUAUCGUUAACAAUCAUUACUUUCGUGGCCGACGGUUUUUAUUCUCUUCGAACAACAAUAACACCAACAACCGACGAUCGCAUCCGUUUUAAUUAUUACCGGUGUUCGUACGAUCCGUCGUACUAAUAAUAAUAAUAAUAACAAUAAUAUUACGUCGUCACCGUUAAGCGUUUCCGUUGCCGUCGCCGGUGACAACACGACGUUCUUCGCGCGACCGACCGUCGCAGACGUUGUCCGCGAUCUGUUUAUAUGGUGUUAUAUGGGAGUCUGAUGGCGCCCGUAUUGGGGACCUCGAAGCCCGACCUGGAGCCUUUCAAGUCCGAACACAACGACGACAUGGACAUCACGGGAAACCUGAACGACUUCCGCGUACAUUUCGCGCUGAAGGCACUUCUGGAGCACUUCAACAUCAACCAGUUCCCCAGGGACGAACAGGAAUUGCGGUCGCUGUUCGUGGACGGUUACCACCGGUUGAAGGACGGUAACGGCGGCAAGCAGCGGGCCGGCGGACCCACGUCCGAGGACCUGAUCCUGAUGCAGGUCAUGCACCAGGUGUUCGACCUGCACCCGGACUGGCUGGACCGGCGUAACAACAACCAACCGCCCGCGGCCAUCGCACCGCCGGUGCCGGACGACGAGACGUCAUCGGUCGCGUCGUCGUCCGCGUCCUCGUCGAACCCGCCGUCCACCGCGUCGUCGCGCCAGCGCCAGAGCCGGCCGUUCAAGUGCACGGUGUGCGGCAAGGAGUUCGGGUACAAACACGUGCUGCAGAACCACGAGCGGACGCACACGGGCGAAAAACCGUUCGUGUGCUCGGUGUGCAAGAAAUGCUUCACCCGCGACCACCAUCUGAAGACGCACGUGCGGCUGCACACCGGCGAGAAGCCGUUCUGGUGCCCGCACUGCAAUCGGUUCUUCGUGCAGGUCGCCAACCUUCGCCGGCAUCUCAAGACGCACACGGGCGAGAGCUCGUACCCGUGCGAGUACUGCGUCGCGUACUUCGAGACGGCCGCCGAGCUAAAGGAUCACAAGCGCCAGCACAAGGAGAAUAACAAACCGCGCGGCGGACUCGGCGGCGGUGCGAAACCGGCGCAGAAGCGAAGACGAGCCAACAAGGAUACGGCGGCGGCGAUCACCAACUCGGCUUCUACCACCAACAACAACAACAACAACAGCAGCAGUAAUAACAACAACAACACCAACCUUAUCGAACACCAGACCGAACCGUCGACUUCGGCACCGUGGUCGCCGGUCACGCACGGUUCCCCGCCACCGUCUCCGCAGACGUCCGUGCCCAGCAGUUAUUGGUCGUCGCCACCGCCGCAGCCUCAGGCGGCGUACGUGCAACAGCGACCGGCACCGAUUUCGCCGCCCACCGUUCUCACGCCGUCUAUCGAGCCGUAUCACUAUCUGCAGUUCAUCGCGCGGUUUCAAUCGCCCGAGAAAAACGAGCCCGUGGGUAAGUUCCAAUCACCCGAGCAGACCGAGCCCGAAGAUCUUUCGAUCAAAUCUAGGUCGAACGCGAACAAAAUCAUCGUGGACGUAUCGAGGUCGGAACAACCCGUCGACCUAGCCAUGGAUCUCACGUGUAAAUAGUGUUAAUCGUCCGAAUACGCUUCACGAAGAAAACGAGAAAAUAAAACAAAAAUAAAAAAAACGAAUAAAUGUAUAGAUAAAAAGAAAUUGAGGAGGUUUACAAUUUACGUAUAAUAUACCUAUUUAUAUAAAAUACUAUCAACGUUUAUUAUAGCUCGAAAAAUAUUACUAUAAAAUGACAUCAUGUACAUUGUACUACGAUAGAAACAAUUUUUAAUUCUUCAGCGUAGGAAACCAUAGAUUUAAGCUCAAUUUUUUUCAUCUUUAAACAUUUUUAAACUAUGAUUACUUUUUCUUUUAUUUUUAUGACAAAAAUCAAAAAUCAUGUGCAAUACAUAUUAAAUAAAAAUAUGUACAGUUAAUUUAAGAUACCUGUAAUAAUGCGUAUAUAACGUUUUAUAUGGAUUCGGAAUUCAAAACACUAUUGUUCAGCUACAACCCUACUUUAAUUAUUAUGAACAAAUAACAUCGGCGCUAGUUCGGUGUAUCGUAAUAUUUAAGGCAAAAGGUUUGCUAAUGUUGAUUAUAAAAAUGUACAUAAAAGUUUUCAGUCGAAUAAAAAAAAAUUAAAAAUCUAA